AUGCUCACAGACACCCAAUUCAAGCCUGAUUCUCGUCCAGAAUUUACCCAAAUGUUGAAUUCCAUAAGAGCCGGAAGCCAAAUUACGAUCAAGAAUCUUGGUCAACAACCAAAAAAUUUUACAGAGGGCUACCAGGGCGAGCAGUUCUUCAUUACUAAGCAGAUGAUGGACAUUUGGGAGGAAUUUGAUGCUGACAGUAAGCAUUCGAUUAAAAAAGUCUUAUCAGGCCCGGUUGGGGUAGGAAAAUCAUACAUCGCUUGGUUUCUCGCGGCUAAUGCGUAUGCAAAUAGCUGGCUCACGCUUUAUGUCGCCGACGCCUCUGAACUAGACACCUACGAUGAGAGAAAAACAGUAAAACAGAUCUGCCAGCGUUUUUUUGCGCUUAAUAAAGAUAUUUUAACUUCCACCGACUUUGAGCUGUUAUUAGAAUUCGUCAAUUAUUAUGAUCAAGAUACUGAUAAUAUUAUAGGAACAUGUUUUUCAACGAUCUUUGCAGAAUUACUUAAGACAAUUUCUCGCAAAACUCUAUUGAUCAUUGAUGAUCACGGGGCACUGUUUGAUGGUGAAAUUCCUGUACCUGAUCGGUUACCAUCUUUGGCACCUUUGAAGUAUCUUACCUUUUGGGGUGAAUCAAUGAAAGGAACACGUGUUGUUUAUACGGGCACUGCUCAUGCACGUUUUGAAAAGGUUUACCUUAAAAACGGAAUGCAGGAUUGGGUUAUCUAUGUUGCCCCGAUGCUACCAGAAAUUUUCGAACAGUUGCUGAUUGCAGUCUCCUCACGAUUCCAUUCAACUGUCCGUAAUUAUGUCUCUAUUAUUAAAGAAGAAGUGCUGAAGAUAACCAACUGUGUACCGCGUGAGCUUAAUGUUUUAGCCAGAAUGAUUGGAACCGGUCCACUUAGUCUAGAUGAGGUCAGGGAAACAAUGAAACGUUAUGAAAUUAACCGACGUUCACAAUUUUAUAAUAUUGCGAGAACCUAUUAUGACUCUCUUCCAACAAUCUCCAAAAAUGAAACUCGUCUGGCCCUCGCAGACAUAUUCCUACCUGGAAAAACUCGAAACACUUCACGAUUUGAGUGGAAAUUUUUGGACUUUGGAUUAAUUUAUCGAAUUAAAGAUGUUAAAGAUGAAAGUAUAGAGCUUCACAAAAUAAUUUGUCCAUCAGCAAAAGAAGCGCUAUUAGAUUUGUACAAAAACUGUCCGCUACCUGAAGCUUAUCUUAACUCUCUUGCUCGGGACAAUUUAGAUGGUGCACAGUUUGAAGACAUUUUAUUUCAACAACUAAUGAAACUUCCCAAGUUGGUGCUUAAAACAACAGAUAUUGCUGGGAAAAAUGAGUUUGACUUAAGUUUGGAUAUUAAAGGAUUUGAUUUGCUCAAAAAAUCAUCCAUAAGUUAUGAUAAGGAUGUUCUAGUACGUUGUUAUGUUGGAUAUCCACGUUAUGAUUUUAUACUUGGAUAUAUGUUCUUUCAAGUAUCUAUAAGCGACUUCGUUACACAUAACACGGGCUAUGCAAACAUUGAUCUCUCCUUUAAUCAACGGGAUAGUGAUGGUAAAAAUCAGAUAGAAAAUUAUUUGGAUGGGGCAUUUGGUGGUAUUCAUAAGGCUGAGAUCAAUGAAACGACAGCAUACAUCAAGAACAAACCAAAAACACAUAAAAAAUUCGUGGUUUCAAAAAAUGAUAAGGCCUGUGAUGACUUUAAAAUUAUCUAUAUUUGUGGAAGUCCUGGUAAAGUUAAUCAUAUACGCAAGGUUGAUGAAUACCCAGAAGUGCUCCAUAUUUCUUAUGAUGAAAUCAAAUUGAAAAUGUUUGGGCUUUCUUUAUUUUCUAGCAAGUAA